CGAAUCGAACGCUGAUGUGUUACAAGAAUUUUACCCGUCACAAUUUUGUCGGAUGCGGUAACGUAAACGUAGCGGAGGUGGGUUUGAAGACAAAGUGUUCAAAGGGACACAGUGGAAGCGACCGGAAGUAUCUCUCUGAGAGCUAAUGGCGCCUAAAGGCAAAGUUGGUACUAAGGGAAAGAAGCAGAUUCUCGAGGAGAAUGAGGCAACCCUCAAAUUCUAUACAAGAGUCAUCCUGGGAGCUAAUGCCAUAUAUGCUGCUGUAAAUCUUUUGAUCUUCUACAAUUCAUCUAGUUUUGGGACAUGGCUGUUAUUAGCGUUUGCGCUUGCUGUGUAUGUUGGGAGUUACCGCUCCAUGUCCACGAUGGCCAAACCAGUGUUCGCUGACGAUGGAAGUCUCCUUGACGGAGGAAUAGACUUAAACAUGGAGCAGGGAAUGGCAGAGCACCUGAAGGACGUCAUCCUGCUCACAGUGUUCGUCCAAGUGCUAAGCUGCAUCUCUUCAUAUUUCUGGUAUCUCUGGCUGCUGGCGCCGGCUCGUGCUGCUCACCUGCUGUGGGUGAACAUUCUGGGCCCCUGGUUUUCCGCAGAGAGCCCGUCAGCACCGGAGGAAGUGAACGAGAAGAAGCAGAGAAGACAAGAGCGUCGACAGAUGAAGAGAUUUUGAUGCUGCAGAGCAAACGAAGUAUUUUUUUUAUACACACGAUCAAUUGUAAUCCUAAAUUAUUACAUAGAAAAAAUAUUGUUGUUUAAUUAAACCCAAAUCUGAUCAUGUCCACUAUUUCCAUGUUUGUUUUCUUCCUGCAUGCAAUCCAGUUUACUUCAAUGACACUUGCCUCGACCUCAUGUAAAGUUGUCAUUGUCCUGUUAGCACCGCACAGUUUCAUUAAGUGCUGCACUUAACAUCCAGCCCAUAGUGAUGAAAAUGAGCUCAGUCAUGUUACACUGCAGGGAUGUUUUUGUCUUGAUGUAUUUUUAUUUUUUAAUUAAAAAUGAGACAAUAUUUAACGUUGCUAUUGUUUGUGAGUUACAAAGUCCAGUAAUGCAACUGAAUCCAUUGUUUUUAUGUUGUUUAUCCUGCAAUGGCAGGACAGCACAUUGGAUUAUGGGUUGGCACGCCCGCCUCACAGUUGAGAGGUUUUCGGGGUUUGAAUCUCAACUUCGGCGUUCCAGUAUGUUGUUUCUGUGCUUGUGUGAUUUUUCUCUGGGCACUCCGGCUUCAUCUCACAUUCCAAAACCAUGCAUGUUAAGUUCACUGAAGACUAAAUUGUCCAUAGCUGUUCAUGUGCGUGGUUAUUUGUUGUUACGUACAGUCAGUGGCGGUAAUUGGCGUGUGCGAAUUGUGUGAUCGCGCUCAGCAGACUCCCGUUGACAAAUGGAUAUUAAAGUUGCUGCUCACGUAGUUGAACGACACACUGAACAUUUUUCAUCAGGACACCCACACGACCCCCCGAUGAUGAUUUUUACAUUUCCAAUGAUUGUCCUGGGUUCCUUUGAAACCUCCUGGAUGAGUCAUCCCUGUGUUCUUGGGGUACUUUUUGUAGGCCGGCCACUCCUGGGAAGGUUCACCAUUGUUCCAUAUUUUCUCCAUUUGCAGAGCAUGUGUUUCGCUGGAGUUCAAAAGCUUUAGAAAAGGAUUUGUAACUCUUUCCAGACUAACAGAUGUCAAUUACUUUAUUUCUCCUCUGUUCUGAAAAUUCUUUGGAUCGUGGCAUUUUGUUUCAGAUUUUUUAGAUCUUGUUGAUUUCAUUUUGUCAGAGAGGUACUAUUUCAGUUAUUUCCUGAAUGAACAGGCCUGGAGGUAAUCAGGCUUGGGUGUGGUCAAUGAAAAGGAAGCUUUCCAAAAAAUUUGUUUAGCCACAGUUAAUUAAUUUAACAAGGGCGACAACUCGAGGCAAUUACUUUUUCACACAGGCCCAGGUAGCUUUGAAUAUUUUUUUCCCCUUAAUAAAUAAAAUCAUUUAAAAACA